GGUGGCAUGAGAGUUCCUUCCAAGGAAGAGGAAGAAGACAUUGUUUAAGGGAAAGAAACUUCUAUGGAUUAGUUUCGUAAAGUGCGAGUUUGAUGGUGAACGAUAGAAAUGAUGUCCUUUGAGAGACAUUUUGUUUGACACUGAUGUAAUAAUGCCUAUUUAAAACUCCGAGUGAAUUUAGCGCUUAAAUCAUCAAGUUCAAAUUGUCAAAAUAAUUUUAAUCACCUAUAGUUUGUCGGAGAACGCAUUUAAAUUACGUCUCGACGGAGCCUGUUUGGCGUUCACGUGGCGUUCAGUUUUAAGGAUGGGUCGGUUUUUAUAUCUUUACUUACUUAUACUUUCAGUUUCAUAUCUGCUGAUACCGCCUGCUCACACUCUGGAAUGGAAUAAUCAGUCUAGUCCCCUGCAAAAUUUGCGGUCCUUUGUCAAAAGUUUGUCCGAGGAGGCCCACAGUUAUCUGGUCUCUGUGGUCGGUGAACAAGUAGUCGACUCGUCGCUCAAGUGUGUGCGCAGCGGUGUGAAGUGGCUGUCGGACGCAGUGGCAUCUGCCCUUACUGUGGUCAUCCAGUACGUUACUGAAAUCCUGGAAGCAGCGGGAAUUGACGCCAAGCUACCCUUCCAACAAGUUACACCAGAGGGAAUCAUUUUCAUUACUCAGUGGAUGCUAUUGGCUAUUACUGCCUAUUGGAUAAUCUCCCUCAUCCUGAGGUUAGUCGUUGGGGCUGUGCGGCAGGCUUUGUGGCUGCUGAAGUUCACCUUUGCAAUCGCCAUGUUUGGAUUGAUUCUCAGUGAUACUGGAGCCACUACAGAAACCACUGCGUUGAGGUUAGUGGGUCUGGUGUGUGUCUGUGUCCUGUUAGGGAUCGGUUCAACAUCUGAAAAGCGAGAUACACACCUUGAGGACAAAAUCAAGAUUCUGGAGAGACGUCUGAGAGAGAUGGAAAAAAGCAAAGUGGAAUGAUUGAGAGACCCUUGUAUAGCCCAUAAAUAACCCUAACUCUUUUCCUCCAUGCUAGUGUGUAGUAAAUCUGAGGAUAAUCUAGCAUAUUAUGGUGACAUCUAAGCAACAGAACCACGGUUUCAUUUUGCGUAAUCAGGAGAUGCUUGAUCCUAAAUAAAUAUGGAAGGAGCUUCAAUAUUUUCUAGUAGUUACAACAUCAUUUAUUCCAAAGUGAAACUGUAAGAUUUUGCAAAAGGGUGCUAUAGCAAAACUGCACCUGGUUUUUGAAGGGUUUAAUUAUUAGUGGAAGAUUAUUUGGUUUGCAGGUACUGGGGCUAUAGGAUGUGGAAAUUGAAAAAGACAAAAUGUGUUUACACUGCAUUCAAAUAACCAUGUUUUUGUUGCUUAUGACAUUAUUCAGGGAUAGGGUGCAUAGAGCAACACAAAAUGGAUUUAAACGGUUUAUUUCAAUGACAACAUUUGAAAAAUAGAAAAUAAAAUAUUAUUCAUGUCACUUACAA